AUGCAGUUUACAGUUCCCAUCUCACAGUGAGGAUGAAAUAAGAUCAGAGCACCUGAUACGUAGUUAGUGCUCAAAACACUUAUUUCCUCCCCUUUGGUUCUCAAGUAUCUGAAAUUCGGUCCCUUUAAGCUUGUUAAGAUUCCUCACUAGCCUUGUAUGCAGCUGUGGGCAGAGAGCUUUGGCAGAAGGAAAGACUUUUUGUUUUUUUUAAAAUGACUGUUUCAUAAUCUGUUGGCUCAAAUCUGCUGCUGCCACACCCUAUGCCUCUCUGGGUCCCUGCGUCCUGUUGCAGUUAUCAUAUGCCUCACCUUUAACCUAAAUGACCCUGGGAAGUGGCUGCUAUGGCAGGAUUUACUGAAUGCAAAAUGGAUUUUCUUCCUUGCUCUUUGGGGCAAAGCUGGCUCAGAGAUCCUUAGCUGCAGGGGGAGGGGCUGGCAGGCCUGAACUGCAGUUGGACUUAGCGGCCAGGGGUUUUCUGGUUUUCAUUAAAAUUCUCUGGCUGUCUUUCGGGAUAGCUCCAUUGGAUAUGACUGUGCACUGGAGCCGUUUGUGCUGUUCUCUCAGCUAUACACACCCAUCAAAUUACAGUGCCCCUGAGGACAAGACAAAAUUGAAGCUGUGUAAAUGAGUAUGGAAGAUUAUGAUUUCCUGUUCAAAAUUGUUUUAAUUGGCAACGCUGGUGUGGGGAAGACGUGCCUCGUCCGAAGAUUCACUCAGGGUCUUUUCCCCCCAGGUCAAGGAGCCACAAUUGGAGUUGAUUUUAUGAUUAAGACAGUGGAGAUUAAUGGUGAAAAAGUAAAGCUACAGAUCUGGGACACAGCAGGUCAAGAGAGAUUUCGGUCCAUUACCCAGAGUUAUUACCGAAGCGCCAAUGCCUUGAUCCUCACCUAUGACAUUACCUGUGAGGAAUCCUUCCGUUGCCUUCCUGAGUGGCUGCGGGAGAUAGAACAAUAUGCCAGCAACAAGGUCAUCACUGUGUUAGUGGGCAACAAGAUUGAUCUGGCUGAAAGGAGAGAGGUCUCCCAGCAGCGAGCUGAAGAAUUCUCAGAAGCUCAGGACAUGUAUUAUCUGGAGACCUCAGCCAAGGAAUCUGAUAAUGUGGAGAAACUCUUCCUUGACUUAGCAUGCCGACUCAUCAGUGAAGCCAGACAGAACACACUUGUGAACAAUGUAUCCUCACCCUUACCUGGAGAAGGGAAAAGCAUCAGCUAUUUGACUUGUUGUAAUUUCAACUAAAGGCUGAGGCACAGAGAAGCAAAAGGAAUCAGCGACUGCCCUGAUGGGCCACGAGAUGCUGGGGAGAUCUGGCGAUGACUGUGGCUCCCGCUCUCAGACCUUCUGACUCCUGUGGGCUCCUGAGCUUACAAAAAGCAUGGCAGGCCAAGGGCCUCGACCACAGGCCAGCAUUAGCAGAACAUAUAAUGGUUUCACCCUUUUGCAGUCUGGAGUUGGAGCAAGGAGAAAAUUGCACUAGGCACUCCAUGAUCUGCAGAGCAUGUUGCUUUUGUUUUUUUAAAAAGCAAGUAAAAGCGCAUUCCCGAACAGAGUCCAGGGGGAAAUGUACUGUAGGGAUCCCUCCUGCACAUCAGUGGGUGCAUGUGGGAGCUGUUCUUUAGGGCUUCGGUGGUAAUCUUCUGGGGGCCCUGGUUUUCUUGUCUACCAGAUAAACCAAAACUGGGAAGGCCAAGUACAGUCUCUGUGGUACGUCUUGAUGACCCCAUGGAGAUUUUGCAAAGUGUUAUUUCUCUUGUCCACAGGCACUUUCAAGAACUUUGGGAUGUAAAAAUGAAAUGAAACCUUUACCCAUGACCAACAGUAACAAUCAUUGUUUUAAUAAUAUAUACAAGCUCCAUGACUCCUUUUGGUGCUAAUGAUUCUGCUAUUUCACAGACCAAACGUUUUAGUACAUUGAUGUCCUUAAAUGUAUUAUAUAGAAAUAAAAAAAUGGGGGAAGACCAUGAAUCAGCACUCUUUCUCAAAGUCUCAUUACUACCUUUUUAAAGGUGGAUUUUUGGGAAAAGAGAAUACUUUUCCUUUUAUGUUCCCCUCUGAAUCUCUACCAUUCUGCUCUCUUGUCUCUCCAGCCCUUUAAGUAAAUGAAAAAGUUUGCAAACUGAAAAAUAAAUAAAUAAAUAAAUGUUUUUGAUGAUAUUCUAAUAUAAAAGCUUAGCUCUAAGACAUUUUGAGUAGUAUGAGGAAACAGACCAGAUAUGACCAAAAUACUGUGGAUUAAGGGACUGUAGUGCAGGGCUCCAAGCAGAGCACAGUCCUUGAUAGUAGGUCACAUCUUUUACUUCCUGGUACUCUCCAUCUUGGACAGACCAAGGCUUAGGAUUUUGUAGAUUUUUUUAGUAUGAUAAGUGAGAAUAGCAACAGAUGAAAAGUCUCACGACCCAUUUUUAUAUCUUUGAUGAUAACCUGAGAAAAAUUCUGCUUGUGGAAGCAGAUCGAACUAUCAUUUUUUCCCCUCCUUCUUGUAAUAAUGUUACCCUCAGAUGCUUAACCAUACAUUCUUCCUUUUUUCUUUCUCUUUUCCUCUGUUUUUCUGGUCUCUCCUUUUCUUCUUCCCUCCUUCCCUCCCUCCCUCCCUUUUUCCUUCCCUCCCACCCAUAUAUGCAUGUGUUACUGCGAAUCUCCAAUUCAAAUGGAGGUGUAUAUGCCUUUACUUAGCCAAUUUUAAAACAGGACUCAAAAUGGAAGAUGUGCUGCUGAAUAUAUGUUUCUGUUUCUUCAGUGCCAUACUUUGAUAGCUUCCAAUUUGUUCACUGAUAUAAAUGCAAAUUGGGAAAAUAAUUAAGCCUGUAUGCUGUUGAUGCUGUCAGAUGUUUCUGUAGCUUGCUGCUUAGCAUAACUGAGGGAUGAGUAAUGGAAUAAGGAUAUGAUGUGUAAUUCCACUGUUGCUGUAGAUGGUGACAAUCUCAGUCCUGAUAUGUUGAUGUUUGAAAGCUAUUUAAUUGUAAAGAAAUGAGUCAUGUAGAAACAUGUUCAUAAAGCAUUUCUAGCAUUUCUCUAGCAGAUUCCAGAUUGACCAGUCUCUUGCACAUGGGAUUAUGCAUAUUUUUUAAGGGACUGAUAACUUUUGAUUGGCCUCACUGUGUUUUCCUGAUCCUGUGGGAAAGAGAAAGGGAUCCCAGAAGUUUGUUUUUCUUUUAGAAUCAGUCUCUGCAGGAAAGGAAAGUCAUUUUAAUAAAACCAAAAUAAUUUAUAAUAAUUGUUGCCUUUCCCUCCCCAUCCUCUCCACUAAGCCAGCAACUAAAGGUAUUCAGAAAUCAAGUUAAUCAAGGUGGGUAAAAUAACUUUUUUAAACUGGAAGGAAAUGUUCCUAAGUUUAGAUUCAUUACCUGUCAUUUAGGGCAAAAAUCCAGUGCACCCAGCACAUUAUGACCCAACUUUGUCUCACAGUAGCAAGUGCUGAAAAUAAAGUUGCUUUGUGAACUUAGAGGAAGUGGCUGUGUUAGAUUGGACUGAUUUGAUUGCAGAAUAACACCUUUUAGGGCCACACUUAUGUUAUUCACUAGGGGUUAGUCUUCUCUGUAUAUCCAUGGCCAGACUGGGAAUGGGAUUAAAAAGCUGUGAGGUCUUGGCCUCUUUCUUCCCUGUUGCUCCUCCCAGCCUUUCUAUAACUUACCAUCCAUGGCCCAUCAGCAGAAACACAUGAGAAUGUGGGACUUUGUUUCUUUUUUUCUUAGUUGUGUGAAUUCCAGAUUAGGCCUUAUGGAUGCUUGUCUACUAAUAUAUCUCAAGUUUGAAAACAAUCCCUGACAAUAUUGUAGGUGCAAUAGAUAUUAGUCGAAUAAAUAUUUAAGUGCCAAGAUCAGGGGGAGGCUUUUUUUGAUUAAACAGAAAUCCCUUUAAGUAGAACUUAAUAAAGGACACUAAUUACAGUCAUCUUAAUCCAGGCCAGGACCUAAAUUUAUUGGUUUGCCUAACAGUCUUAUUGCCAUGGCAGUAUUUGCUAAGAUGAGUCUUUAGAUAAAAAUGAAUUCUCAUUUAGCGGUGGAUGAAAAAAGAGAAAUUGCUUUAUCAUAGUUUAAUUCGGCUUUGGUCUGCUAAGACUACCAGGGUUCGUGUAUUCCUCCAUUUUUGGUGUGAUCUUUUUCUUCUUUCAAUAAAGUUAUUAAAUAUAUGGCAAAACUUUUUUAGUUUCCAAUGAAAAAUGCAUGAUACUCAUGUCAUGGAAUCAGGCUUGGGGAAAUCUAUGAAAUAAAAAUUUGCUGAUAAUGAUAUUUCAUUAUGGCUUUGUGUAGACUAUAUCCUCAAAGGAUUUUGUGCUUCUUUGCCCAUAGAAGGCUUUUUCUCCCAUUGUAUGCUUUUAUUAAAUCUGUUGAAUUAUAUUAAUAUUUUUUGAAUUUGCAUGGCCAAUUACUUUUUAGUGGAUUACUUACAUUAGGCUGUGGGCUCUUCCUGGCCUUUCUUGUUCCCAGUCUUUUAAUCAUUUCAUGUUUUUAUCUCUCCCUGAGUAAAGUGGCAAGAAAACUAAAAUGAAAGUUAAAUAGAUUGAUUUGACAAUGUGUCUGUUCUUAUUUAGAGUUUAUAAGGAGGGUAGAAAUCAUUGACCAAAAUAAGAUUUUUGGAUCAAGAUUAUUUACUUUAAGCCAUUUAGACUUGUUGGCCAGAGACACCACAUUUAACAAAGGACUGGGUUCUUAACUUCUUUCAUUCAUGAAUAUAUAUACCUCGGGAGGACACUGGUGACAGAGUUAUGCCAAUGAUUUGCCAUAUUACCCUCUAAGCUAGCCCGUAAUUCUACCAGAUCUCACACCAAGUUUCAGGUCAUGACUCAUACUGAGUAAAUAUCAGUUGUAAAUGGUUUUGAAUUGGUCUUCCUACUAAAGUGAAACAUCUCCCUUUAAACCAAGCCACAUGAAUGAAAUAUCAUAAUCAGAAAAAAAGUUUCUUUUUUUUUUUUUUUUUUUUUUCAUAGCAAACCAAUGGCCUUCUCCACUAAGCCAGCAACUAAUGGUACUCAGAAAACAAGUUAAUCAAAGUGGGCAGAACUUUUUGAACUGUGAGGAAAUGUUCCUAAGUUUAGAUUUAUUACCUGUCAUUUAGGCAAAAAUCUAAUUUUUUUUUUAAAUUUCUUAAUCCUGUAGAACCCUGUAUUUCAUGGUAAUGAGUAUUUAGGGAUCAUUGCUCUAUUAGUCUCUGGGAGAGAUCGUCUAGGGUUUGCCAUUUCUUUUUUUCUAGAAUUUUGUUGUUGUUUUAACUGCAACUGGUUACUUUUCUCAACCGUGGUCCUGACAUGUUUAUACUAUGAUGCUUUUGAGACUUAGCUAAAGAAUUAAAAGCCGUAAAA